AUGAGUAACCUGGUGUUCGACUGGUUGAUGACAAAGUUGUACGCGAGAGGACGCGACUCGUACAAACGGAUGGAGGUGUAUGACGACAUCGGUUCCAGCUUACUCCUGUACUUGGAGUCGCGGGUGAAGAUCACCAGCUCGUCCACGUGGAGGCAGCUGUCAGCUUCCUACGAGCUGGUCAGGGCUCGUGAGAAGCUUUCCCGCGCCCACUCAGACCUGCAAUACCUGACCGUUGAGGAGAUAGAUGUCGCAUCAGUGCGCGUAACCAGCAAUCUGGCGUCGGGGGUUGAUCACUUGGACGCGGCCGUGCAGUAUCUGAAGGCAGAUCAUCUGGAGUAUGAGGAAGUGCAUCCAAUCACGAACAUUAAUCUCAACAUUCUCAACUCGCCAAAAUGUAUCUACCCGAAUAACCCCGGUACGUAUCACGCUAAAAUUAAAAAAAGGUUCCUUUGUUUCAGCUACAAAACCUCGUUCUUUAUAAACGAGACUGUUAAAAUACCGGCUACAAAGAGCAAUGAUGGACCAAAUUACGCAAAGGAUUCGAAAGCCUGUUUGGACAAGUUGAGGCGGUUUCAGUAUGGGUUCAGGAGUAUAAUCAGGACAUCAGUGCAGCACGAAGUGUGGACAGCCCGCCGGACCCUCGGAGUCGGCGUCGGGAUAUUCGUGGUAUUGUUGAUCUCGACGCCUGUGCUUGUCCUCAUGCUACGGAACACUAUUACCACCAUGCAGGGUUUCUCCUCAUCCAUCGCAUGCACAACCCAGAGGCUAAUGGCCGAAAAGCAGAAAAGCGACCUGCUUCUCUCGAGGAUGCUGCCCAUGCCUGUGCUACAACGGCUGCGAGCGCAAAAGACCGUUCCGGCAGAGGCGUUUGAUGCCGUCACCAUAUUCUUCAGUGAUAUUGUGGGGUUCACAUCCAUAUCUGCAAAUAGUACGCCUAUGGAGAUUAUCAAUAUGCUCAACAUGCUGUACAGGUGAGGUUCUAGAAAAAAAAA